GACAAAACCAACCACAAUAUACUAAAACAUCCUAAUGCAUCAAAUGCUCAUCGGUCGCUCCCGACCAGUCGUCGGCAACAUCAGCCAGAGACUGCAGUCGGCGGACCCUACCCAACGACGACGACAUAUCAUGCGGUCGGAUACCUAUCGCAAGGAUAGCUCAGAACCAGGCCAUAUCCCCGUCAGCUCCUUACGCGUGCACGGCGCCGCCUGGGCCGUGGCUGGCGCCAGCAUGUACGCUACCCUGCAUGGGGUCUACAUGAUGCUCAAGUCUUUCCGGCAGAUUCGCUACAUUUAAUCCUGUCAUUUCCUUGAAGAAUGGAACCUGUACAUGUGUUGAUUUGAGCGAUAUGCAAUGAUAUGAGCUUGCCCAUUGA